UCUACGCUAACUUUUCAGUAGGCCAAGUGGGUUAGAAAUGCAACAGUUAGACAGGACACGACACCAAUCCCCCCUGUUUUGCUCCCCCAGACUCAUGUAAAAGACCCCUGAAAACUAACAAGAAAGAUUUUUUAAAAAUAUGGGGGUAUUCCUCAAUCUACACGGUGAUAUGUGGGAUCUUGCUGUGCAAUUCCUGCAACAGAAAUACUGGAAAUACUCCAAGCCAGACUCCACGUAAACGCAAGUAUUCCUUUAAACAAAAUCGUGCGGACGGGGUUAAAGGCACCGAGGUAAUUCCAUUAAUGAUUGAACCUUUCGUGGGUUCACCUCUUACACCGAAAUCUGUUGACAUCAGUCCGGGGGCAGCCGGGAGAAAGGUGCACCCACCAGAUCAUGGCAUCAGUUAAAAUUGAAUGUGUUGUGAACGAGAAAUACUCGGCUGCAGAAAGCCCUGUUUGGGAAGAGAAAGAUGGCACUCUUCUCUAUGUGGGUAUCAGUGAACAGAACGUGUACAGGUGGAACCCUACCAAUAACCAAGUGAAAAAAGUCCAUGUUGAUGCACCUGUUGGUUCCGUUGUUCCUCGAAAUUCUGGGGGUUAUGUCUUGGCCCUUGGAAAAAAGUUUGCAUUUUUGGAUUGGGAGACAAGGGUGGUUACUGACAUAACUGAGGUCGACAGUGAGAAAUCAAACAUCAGAUUCAACGAUGGCAAGGUUGACCCAGCUGGACGCUUUCUUGCAGGGACAAUGGGAAUGGAGGCUCGACCAGGUGAACUUGAAAGGCACCAGGGAUCUCUUUAUGCCCUGCAGACAGAUCAUUCUGUGGUCAAACACUUUAACCAGGUGGAUGUUUCCAAUGGUCUAGCAUGGUCAUUGGAUCACAAGAUCUUCUAUUACAUAGACAGCUUGUGCUUUACUGUGGAUGCAUUUGAUUACGACCUGCAAUCAGGAAAGAUGUCAAAUCGAAGGGUCGUGUACAAGCUUGAACAAGAUGAGGUUAUACCUGAUGGACAGUGCAUUGAUCGUGAGGGGAAGCUCUGGGUUGCUUGUUAUAAUGGUGGGAGAGUCCUUCGUAUCGACCCAGAGACAGGUAAAAGAAUCCAGACAGUGAAACUGCCUGUCAGUAAAACAACAUCUUGCUGUUUUGGAGGAAAGGAUUAUGCUGAGCUUUAUGUAACAUCGGCCACCAAAAGAAUGGACCAAGAGUCGCUUCAGAGAGAGCCACUGGCGGGUGGAAUUUUUAAGGUUACAGGACUGGGUGUGAAGGGGAUUCCACCACAUUCUUUCAUGGGGUAGAAAAUUUCCUUACCAGCUUCACUGCCAAUGGAAAAAAGGCCCAGCAAACAGAUGCAUGAACAAAAAGAAUGAAAAUGAGACUAUAUCUAACUCUACUGACUGGAAACAGUUCCUACCAUUUUCUAUGCAAUGUGUGCAGAUGUAAAACUGUAACAGUAGUGCCAAUUCACAGUAUAGAAAUUCUCCUGACAAAGUUAUUUCUGUCUAAGAAGGGUAUAUGUUGCCUUUCAUUCUCACUCUCUCUCCCAAGCCUCCUUGAAAGGCAAAGACUCUUGCUGAUGGUGUGUUCUAUGGGAUCUUUGUUCUCCCAUUGAAGAUCGUGCCAAUAAUUCACCAGUGCAUGACUGUGAUGAACAAUUUAAUGCCUUGAAUUAUUCUGAGGGUUUAUUGCAGCAACACAUCCACAGGAAAAGACGUGAGAAUCCUCCCUAGGAGGUAAGCUUGAAAAAUUGCAACCUAUUGUGAUCCCCUGGACAAUUUCUAAACUUUCUAAAAUCUUUAUAGAGCAAUGAGAAAGUAGAUGCAUCCAGAUAGUCUUAAAAUGUGAGAAAAUAGCCAUAAAGGAACCACAGUGUUAUGUUGCUUCUAAAUUUGCAUGGGUAGAAUUCUCUCAUAUAUUUCAUGUUCUCUUAGGACAUCGAAGGAGGUGAUUCAGCCCAUCAAAUCCAUUACCAACUCUCGGAGCAAAGCUAUCAAUCUCAUUCUCCCAUUUAUUUCACUGCAACCCAUUCUCUCUCAGAUGCCCAUCAACUUUCCCUGAUUUUUCCUACCUCUCACCUAUACUAGGGGCAAUUUACAGCAACCAAUUAACGUAACAAACAGCAUGUCCUUUGGAUGUGAGAGGAAACCCAUGCUGUCACAGAGAGAAUGUGCAAACUCUGCACCUACAGCAGCACUAAGUGCUGUGUCUCUAUGCCACCCUAAUAGAAGGUGCUGAUCUUAUCAGUAACACCAAAUGCAGAGAAUGAAUAGCUUGCAGUCUGGGAAUGUGAGCAUGUUAUAAGUGUAACCCAACUGCUUUUCCCCAGGAGGUCUAAUUGUGAGUUCUGGCAUCGGUUUAGUAAUCCGAUUCCUAGCAGCAUCUAAGCAAUCACACUUUACUUACCCUCUCCCUCUCUCUUCAAUGUUGGUAGUCUCCUGCACCAGGGGUAACAAUAAAAACUGUUAAACCGUC